AGAGCCUGCGCGGAAAGCUACACUUCCUUUUGUGGCUGGCGGCGAACGAGGACGGACUGCCAUGAAGGCCUCAGGCACGCUUGGGGAGUACAAGGUGGUGGGGCGCUGCUUGCCCACCCCGAAGUGCCACACACCACCUCUUUAUCGGAUGCGCAUCUUCGCUCCAAACCAUGUGGUGGCCAAGUCGCGAUUCUGGUAUUUUGUGUCUCAGCUGAAGAAAAUGAAGAAGUCAUCCGGGGAGAUAGUUUAUUGCGGACAGGUGUUUGAGAAAUCACCGCUUCGUGUGAAGAACUUCGGGAUUUGGUUGCGCUAUGACUCCAGAAGCGGCACCCACAACAUGUACAGGGAGUACCGGGACCUCACCACAGCAGGCGCUGUUACCCAGUGCUAUCGAGACAUGGGGGCCCGGCACCGUGCCCGUGCGCACUCAAUACACAUAAUGAAGGUUGAGGAGAUCGCAGCCGGCAAGUGCCGAAGGCCAGCUGUGAAACAAUUCCAUGACUCGAAGAUAAAGUUCCCGCUGCCCCACCGUGUGUUGCGGCGCCAACACAAGCCUCGAUUCACCACCAAGAGGCCCAAUACAUUCUUUUAGACCACAGAAUAAAGUCCUGCCUGGCUUGUUG